AUGAGUCAAAGGAAGCAUUCGGAGACUGGUAUCACCGACGAGGCGGCCAUUGAGGGCCAUGACCUGAUUCACAACGCCGAGAUUGAGGAACAGAGGGCCCACGGCGACCAUGCAUUGACCCAACCAGACGAGGGCGAUGAGCCACUCAACGUAACGAAACAGGCCGAGCCUACCGCGAGCUCUGGCCAAGGCCGUCGCCAUUCAACGAUGGACAAGGUGAAGGAGGCACUGCAUCUGAAGAAAUAAAGAAAGGAAGUCGAAAACAAUAUAAAAAAACAUCGAGUUGAUGCUGGGCGGAUGGGCACUCUGGAUGGUGGGACAAAACAAAGAAAAACCACAAAAGAAAAGGGCACGUGUGUGUGACAUUUCGGAAAGUGUAUUAUAUGAAUUCCCCACAUCCGCCCUCGAUAUCGUCGUCGGGGUUCGACGCAGUAGGAAUUAUUUCCUCGAUAAUUGAAUUUUCCAUCUUC